AUGGCAACAACAGCUCUGACUGGUUUCUCUAUGAUGAGCCUGCUCAGCCUUGGGUACCUAACUUGGGACAGGAUGAGCCCUAACCAGGUGGAAAACGAGCCUGACCAGAUCUACGUCGACAGGUCUUCUGUCCCACAACAUCCUCACAUAAUCUUCAUCAUGACGGAUGACCAGGGUUUCAACGACAUUGGUUAUCACAGCUCAGACAUCAAGACACCAGUACUGGAUAAACUCGCUGCAGAUGGGGUGAAGCUAGAGAAUUAUUACAUCCAGCCCAUUUGCACCCCGUCCCGGAGUCAGUUUAUCACCGGCAGGUACCAAAUCCACACUGGUCUCCAGCACUCCAUCAUCCGGCCUCGCCAGCCCAACUGCUUACCCUUUGACCAGGUCACCCUCCCCCAAAGACUUCAGGAGCUCGGCUACUCCACCCACAUGGUGGGGAAAUGGCACCUAGGCUUCUAUAAGAAGGAGUGUUUGCCCACUCGCCGUGGUUUUGACACAUACUUUGGCUCUUUAACGGGCAGUGUGAACUACUACACUUAUGAAUCCUGUGAUGGCCCUGGACUGUGUGGCUUUGACCUCCUCGAUGGGGAGUCAGUGGCCUGGGGUCAGCGUGGUAAAUACUCCACCCAUUUGUAUACACAGAGAGUUCGCAAGAUUCUGGAAACUCAUGAUCCUCAGUCCCAGCCACUUUUCAUCUUUCUCUCCUUCCAAGCUGUUCAUACACCUCUACAGUCUCCUCGGGAGUACAUUUACCCAUAUCGCCGGCUGGAAAACGUUGCUCGUAGGAAGUAUGCUGCUAUGGUUGCAGCUGUUGAUGAGGCAGUUCGUAAUAUAACAUAUGCUCUACGCAAGUAUGGAUACUACCAGAACAGUGUUCUCAUUUUCUCCACUGACAAUGGUGGCCAGCCUCUAUCUGGUGGUAGUAAUUGGCCGCUAAGAGGACGUAAAGGCACCUACUGGGAGGGUGGCGUCCGGGGUCUGGGGUUUGUCCAUAGUCCUCUGUUACAGAAAAAGAGGAGCGUGAGCAAAGCAUUGGUACAUAUAACUGACUGGUAUCCCACCUUGGUAGGAUUAGCAGGUGGAAGUGAGUCUCUUACUGAGGGACUGGAUGGGUUUAAUGUUUGGGAGGCCCUCAGUGAAGGGAAGGAAUCGCCCAGAUUGGAGAUCCUCCACAACAUCGACCCUUUGUAUAACCACGCACGCAGUGGCUCCCAACAGAAAGGAUAUGGAAUUUGGAAUACAGCCAUUCAGGCCUCCAUCCGAGUGGGAGACUGGAAACUCCUGACAGGAGAACCUGGUUAUGGAGACUGGAUUCCACCGCAGAUUUUUCCAGGUUUUCCCAAUAGCUGGUGGAAUCUGGAACGCCACACUAAACCUCACAAAUCACUGUGGCUUUUCAACAUCUCUGGGGACCCAAACGAACGUUUUGAUCUUUCUGAGCAGAGGCCAGAUGUUGUCAAAGAGCUCUUAGCCAGACUGGUGUACUACAAUCGUACUGCUGUGCCAGUGAGGUACCCAUCAGAGGACCCACGGGCUGAUCCCCAGCUUAAUGGAGGUGCAUGGGUCCCCUGGGUGGGAGAUGAGGAGGAGGACCACUGGGACAGUGUUUAUCUGACAAAAAACAUAGACUGGAAGAAGAAACUUAAGCUGUCCAAAAGUAGGUCAUUUUUCAGGAGACUCAACACAAGGAUCAUGUCCAACAGAAUAUAAAAAAGAACUCGGCUGAAUGAAGCUCUGUUUGUGCACAGAAGACUUGAAGAUUAAUUUCUAUUGAAAGAACAAUGUUAUUUUUAUUGAGCUAUAGCUGCAUUUAUUUUAAUCUAAACAUUGUGUUUGUCCAAA